GACUAGAUAUUAAACAGAUGUUGUUGAAGAGGUGGCAACCAGCACAACAUCUGACCUGAUGAUGUAGUAAAAACACCUGAUCAAAUUAACAGAGCUGUGAACAUUGUCCUCUUGUGGUUUGUGUGACUCCAUCUGAAAGUCUUGUGACUGGUCUGGUGGGAAAGUGUAAUCGUUUUUUACAGUGGAAGUCAGCGCAUUGUUAAACAGACAUGUCUUUUUCAUGCGGUUGUUGCAGAACUCUUGGCCCGGUGCUUUUUGAAUACGACACACCGAGAAUAGUGUCAAUUAAAAGCAGAAAGGUCGGACUAAUAAACAGACUUGUACAACUGGGGAUCUUAGCGUAUGUGAUUGGCUGGGUGUUUGUUUGGCAGAAAGGUUACCAGCAGUUUGACUCGGUCAUCAGUUCAGUCACAACCAAGGUGAAGGGUGUCGCAGUGACCAACACCACUGACCAGGGAGUGAAGAUCUGGGAUGUGGCUGAUUAUAUUAUCCCACCACAGGAAGAGGCUUCCUUUUUUGUGAUGACAAACCUGAUCAUGACUCUGAACCAACAGCAGGGGCGCUGUCCUGAGAUGCCAGAGGACAGCCCGGACUGUAUCUCAGACAGUAACUGUACUGCAGGAGAACAAUCGUCUAGAAGCAAUGGUAUUCAGACUGGAAAAUGCGUUCCUGUCCACAAUAGCACAGCUGUUCACACCUGUGAAGUACUUGCUUGGUGUCCCUUGGAGAAUGAUGUCGACCUCUCUCAGAGAAAUAUUUUGCCGCAUAUUAACGGCAGCUAUCUGAAGCAAUGUGUAUUUAACCGGACGACUGACCCAGACUGUCCCAUCUUCAGACUGGGAGACAUUGUCCGAGAGGCUGGGGAGGACUUCCAGGAGAUCGCUGUGGAGGGUGGAGUGAUGGGAAUCCAGAUUAAAUGGGAUUGUGAUCUGGAUCAGUCGGUCUCCAAGUGUGUCCCCCAGUACACCUUCCGCAGGCUGGACAACAAGGAUGUGCAGAACACAGUGGCACCUGGAUACAACUUCCGGUUUGCCAAAUAUUAUAAGGGUCCUGGCGAGGUUGAAUCCAGAACACUGAUCAAGGCUUACGGAAUUCGCUUUGAUGUCAUGGUGUUUGGAAAGUUGAGUCUUGCCUUGUUCCGUUUCCUCUAAUCAGCUCUGCACAUUUGGAUAUUGGUCUAGGAAAGACAGCUACUUAAAUAAUGGAGACGUAAAGUAGGAUAUGUAUAUCUAUGCCGAAUUGUAUUUCAUUUUCCGUCUAUGAUAAACCAUAUGUAUUAAAUUAGUUAUCCUCAGUUAUUUAAUUCUGAAAGAGUUAUUUGACCCAAACCAUUCAGCAUGAUACUCCUUAUUUUCACAGGCAGGGAAAUUUGACAUUAUUCCAACGAUGAUAAACAUUGGCUCAGGACUGGCACUUCUGGGAGUGGCUACAGUUCUGUGUGAUUUGAUUGUCAUGCACAUACUGAAGAAGAAGACUUUUUACAGAGAAAAGAAAUACAAAUACGUAGAAGACUAUGACUUGGUAGGAAAUUCACCUGAAUGUGAAACCCCCUAGGCAGUCUUUCACAGAGGUGUCACAUAACCAGGCAGGGCUGCUCAUCGGACUCUGCACUCUGUGGAAACCAAGUGUACAUUGUGCAUGAACUGAGGAUGAUGUGUUAACCUUGCCUCAGACAGGCCCUACUUACAUGCUGUACCCACCUGUAUCACAAUGCUAGAACCCAGCUGAUGAUCAUGAAACCUGAACAGAUGGUCUGUUCACUUAGUUAAGAAACAUUUAGAACAGCUGAAUAUCAAAGUAUUUUAUUCCACAAGAAAAUGGAAAAAAACAUUACCAUAUUGAAAUGACUCUGGGUGGGGGGGGUUACAACUUGGAAAAUAUAUUAUGCCCGUCAACAAAAGGAGGUGGAACUAAUCUUAAUCCCUUAUGAAGUGCAGUGACUACACGAUUCCUAACCUGAACUAAUUGUACUUUUGCAGAAUCGCUUGUAUCGUGAUUCAUUGUCAAAUGUAUUUUUUAGUUUUCUAUUCACUGGAGAAUUUAUUGAAAAUCUUUUUUUUCCACUUGUUAUAAAAUAAUACACCUGUUUUUUA